CCAAACUACCUUUUAUUCCCAUUUUGUAUUCCCCCUCUUUUGUACCGAUCGCGGCCCGCAUUUCGUCCUCCCCCAGACCUCGAGCGCCCGCGUCCGGGGGCUCCGGCGAUCGAAGAUGAGCGGCGGCCGGCUGUGCGCCGUCCUGGGGGAGCUGGGGUUCGACGCCCAGGACGCGCUCGAUCCGGACAGCUUCGAGUGGCCCUUCCAGUACGAGGAAGUCCGUCCCCUUCUCGAUUGGAUCUGCUCCAGCCUUCGGCCUUCCAAUGUCCUCUCCCCCUCCGAACUCUCACAGUAUGAACAAUUUCUGCAUGAAGGAAAGCUGCUGGAGGGGGAGGAUUUGGAUUCUGCUUUUGAUAGCAUUUCAGCCUUUUCAAGUAAGAAAGAUAAUCAGGAAGCAGUGUUUGGAGCUGAAGAAAGGCUCAUAGAUAUCAGGGAGGCAAAACUGGCUUACAAAGCAGAAGUUCUAGAAUUGCAAAAGCAGCUUGAGCGUCAACAGUCUCUAUUUGAUAUGCUAGCAGGUCAAGCUUCAGCUCUUAUCCAGGGAAGAAGGGCUAGAGUAUCUGCAACAUCUGUUGUCAAUGCACAACUUAUUACAUUAGAUGAGAACCUUUCAGCCAGGAACUUAGAGAUGAAUUCUGUUCUAGGGAAAAUUGCCUCAACAGCUCAGGAAUUGGCUCAUUAUCAUUCAGGAGAUGAGGACAGGAUCUACUUAGCUUACUGUGACUUCCAUCCUUACUUGAUUGAAGAUCUGGCCUGUACAAAAGAAUUAAACCAGUGGUUCUCAAAACAGUUUGAUAGGGGACCAUUGCGACUUGUUGCUGAGGAGGGUAAAUCUAAGUGUUCAUGGGUGAGUCUUGAUGACCUAACUAAUUGCUUAAUCCGAGGAGAUAAUGAGAAACAUAAUCAUCAUCAUAAUCGUGUAGCUGAGCUCCAAAGGCUUCGUUCCAUAUUUGCUACAAGCGAAAGACAGUGGGUGGAAGCUCAAGUUGAGAAUGCUAAGCAGCAGGCUAUUCUUUCAAUGCUGAAGGCUCAAAUAUCUUCUGAUGAAGCUCACAUUCAUCGGGAUAUAUAUUCUCUUAGGAAAAAGCAUUCUGAGUUGGCCGGGGAACUUUCAACUCUCUCCCAUAAAGAGCAGAAAUUUUUGUCUGAGACUAUUCCACGUCUUUGCUCAGAUCUUGCUCAACUCCAAGACACCUAUAUUUUGCAAGGCGAUUACGACUUGAAGGUUAUGCGGCAGGAGUACUACAUUAAUCGGCAGAAAAUGUAUAUUAGUCAUCUAGUUAAUCAACUUGCCAGACAUCAAUUUUUGAAAAUAGCUUGUCAACUGGAGCGAAAGACGAUACUUGGGGCUUAUUCAUUGCUUAAAGUGAUUGAGUCAGAGUUGGAAGGCUAUCUAUCAGCAGGCAAUGGUCGCGUGUAUCAGGAUUGCAGUCUGACUUGCUGUCUCUUCAGUUUGAACUCGAAAACUCUCUUCCAGAAGACCGAAGAAGAUGUAUCAAUGAACUAUGCACCCUUAUUCAGACCCUGGAGCAGUUAUUGUUCUCGUCGUCAACGACAGCAGAACCAUUGUUAACACCUAGGCCUCUGAUGCAAGCACUUGAUGAUAUGGAAAAGGUUAAUUCUCAAGUAUCUGCUUUUGUUGAAGAAGUGACAGAGGCUCAUCGUCAGAAGGCUGAGAUUGUCAAACAUCAUCCACAUGAGGUGGGACGGGAGAGGCAGGUAUUUGUUGACUUCUUCUGCAACCCAGAUCGUCUCAGGAAUCAAGUCAGAGAACUCAGUUCUCGUGUCAAGGCUCUCCAAGAGUGAGAAGUCCACUCAUGGCAUCUACAAUUUCAACAUUUCUUGUGUUGGCCUUUGUGAAUGCAGAAAAUAGUCAAGGGCAGUUUCUCCGAGAAAGAUAAUGGUCCCUGUUGCCUGUUUACCAAGGGAAUAUCCAAUCCACCAAUAUCUUGGAAGUCCUUUUCUGAUUAAGUUUGUGAUUUAUAGGAAGAGGAAGUUGCUGCAUGUAGUGUGAGAGUCAGCCUCUCAAUUCCCAGUGGUUUUUGUUGGUUAAUGUUCCAUGGGUGCCAGUUGGUGAUCUUAUGUAACCUGUAACCUUUGAGUAGCAUAUACCAAUAUGAGAUUUCAUUGUUGCUUGUUAGCUAGCAGUAUAUUGUUCCCCCUACACACCCCUCCACCCCCCAAACACUUCAUCCAAGAUUAAGAUGGUGUAAGAUGUAUCGAAGUUAUGGACUUUGUUAUUCCUUCAUUUUAAAUUGUUUUUCCUCCUGAAUGGUCAAGUAGUAGAAUAUGUUCUUUGCAAA